GUUUCUCUCUCUUUCUCUCUCUGAAAUUAAUACUUUUUUAAAAAUAAAAAAAAUAAAGCUACAUCUUCGUCAGUUGGGGUGUAUGCAGUUCCCCUACUUCCUUAUAGGUGGCGCUGCAGGGAAGGGCAGAGCAGAGUGCGCCCUACUGGAGGAGGAGAGAUUUUCCCAGUAGGGGGCGUAUUCUUUGGGUGCUGUGUCUGUGUGAGCCUUACGCAACGUGAGGGGCGGGAACAGCUCUCUCCCCGCCCCUGCCCUCUGCGGCGCUCUCUGAUUGGAGGAAGGGCCCGUCACUUGACGGAGCCGUUGGGGUAGGAGGAAGAGGGCCGGGGCGGAAGGUGAGGCUGAGGCGGCGGAGGUACCGGGAGCGGAGCGGGCUGUACCUGAGAGCGAGCCACAGCAACACCUCGGGCGCUCUCCCCCAUCUCUGCGGUGAAUGGCGGCGGGAUGGAGCACGAGGGGAGCGGCGGCAGCGAGGGGUCUGCUGGGCUCCUGCAGCAGAUCCUCAGCCUGAAGCUCGUUCCGCGAGUGGGCAACGGGACCCUGUGCCCCAACACCACUUCUCUCUGCUCCUUCCCAGAGAUGUGGUAUGGUGUGUUCCUGUGGGCACUGGUAUCCUCUCUCUUCUUUCAUGCCCCCGCUGGAUUACUGGCCCUCUUCACCCUCAGACAUCACAAAUAUGGUAGGUUCAUGUCUGUAAGCAUCCUGUUGAUGGGCAUCGUGGGACCAAUUACUGCUGGAAUCUUGACAAGUGCAGCAAUUGCUGGAGUAUACCGAGCAGCUGGAAAAGAAAUGAUACCAUUUGAAGCCCUUACCUUGGGCACUGGACAGACGUUUUGUGUAGUGGUGGUCUCCUUUUUACGGGUUUUAGCUACUCUAUAGCAUAUACCCGUAUGUAAUGGCAUUGAACAUAAGUUUUAUAGAAUCCUCAAAAAGAAUACAAUGUUGGAGGUAGUGUUUUCUUAGUUCUUCAAAUGGAAGCAACUUGGAUGACAAAGUUUGUGAAGAACAGCAUCUCAGCCUUUUCUUCAACUUGAAGCUCUAGGAAUUGAUGCUCUUUUUGGACUCCUGUUGUUCUCAACCGAAACAAAUCAAGUUUUAUUUUGUUUAGAUAUUUUUUUGAGCCGUUUUACAGGUGCACCUUUACCCAAAGCCAGGUCAAAAGUGCUUCUGGGUUAGCAGUCUUUGCACUGAAAUUCACAAUAUUCUGUGAGAAAAUGAAGUGUUGCAUAUUUCAGAAAAACUAUGGAAAAUAUUGGUUUAUUUAUGAGCAUAUAUACUGUACUAAAAAAUCUUAUUUGAUCUAAUCAUGAUUAAAAUUUAGCAGACUCUCCUUUUGCUACAUCUUCAUGAUAGUGCCAAAUAGGUUUUGGCUGAGUAUUUCAUGAAAUAAAACGGGGGGAAAAUCUAUGACACAAGUAGUGGCUUUGAUUCCACUGUGUGUUUUUUUUAAAGGAGAUAAUUACUGAAUGAUGUGACAUUUCAUGGAUAACUAUCUUGACCUCUGAUUAUUUAAUAUAUUUUAAGAGAUGUGAAUUUGUUGUUUUAUACAUAUUAUCAAAAUAAGGUAAUUGAGACUUUUCUUCAGAAUUCCAGUACCUUUUCCUAUCACUUAUAUUCUAUUUUAUUAGGUUUAAUUGGAAACAUACCUUAUUAAAUAACUCGAGUUGAAAAUUUUAAGCCAGAUGGAUUAAGAUACUCUUUUGACAUUAAGGCCCAUUAAAAAGAUACUUUAAACAUUCUGUUAUAGUUUUUCUUAGUGAUUUUGGUUUAUUACUGGCUCUUGAAAAAUUGUAUAAGUGCAGCUCAAACUAGUGUUAGGGUUAUUGAUUUUUUAGUUUUAAUAGCUACUUGGUCUUCUUAGUUCCUUAGUGGUGGGUUUUCAGCCCACUUUUACAGUAUUGGGUGUCACUCCCAGAAAGUGCCUAAAGUUUAAUUUUCAGAUCCACCUUUCACGAUGUCCUUUACAUUUUUCUUUAAGAGAAUGUAUGUCCUUAAAGAGAAUUAAAUACUGAGUUUUUUAAAACCCAAUCUUAGCUAUUUAAAAUUUUCUUCUACUGCCUUUCUUUUUCAUUAAAAAGCCUGAAGACUGUGACCUUCAAAACAGAAAGGAUUGCAAAAAUUAAGUAUCUAACUUGAUCCUUAACAUUGAAACUGUUUUGUAUGGAAAGCAAUCAAUGUUGUUACCUGUUUUAAAAAUAGCUACCAGUAAUUAAGUCUGGCAUUUGUAAAGGAAAGUUUUCAUUGUGAGAGUAGGGCUGAUGGCCCAGGAGGUGAUGUACACAGGAAGGCGUCUGUUUCACUUAAAGAAAUAUGCAUUCUGACUUCUGAUUAAAAAUAGCUGGGAAGACCAAUUUAUUAAGGAUAGUCAAAGAGAAAAAUUACAAAGGGCUCACAAAAAGUAACUGGGCAUUUUCUUUUAACUAAUAGGCCAUUAGCCCACUUAUCAAAAUUACAGUGACAUAUACUCAGACUGGGUGGAAAAUUACAAGUAGAGUUGGAAUGCAGGCAAAUGUCCUUACAAAUGCCCCAACAAGAUUACUCCCCAGUGCUUAAAUCCUUUCAAGCAAAUUUUAAGUCUUUAGUUAAAGACUCUAGUUUUCAGUUGAAGGAGCUAUGAUUUUGAAAAGUAGUCCUUUAGGCCAAGAAAUUUGGGAUGUCGUAGCUUUUAUUAUAAGAAAUUAUUUGAGCAUCUAUCAAAGAAUGCCUCUUAGCAUUCUCACCUAAAGCAUUCUUUUGGAUAGAAUUUCACAAAUUGAACAAGGAGGCCAGUGGUUGGUGGGCCCCUUCCCCUGAAUACUAAUUUUUGAACAUAUUGAUCUAUGAUUUAAAUGUUUGGUUAUUUUUCUUUUAGAGCAAAGACACAAAAAUCAAUGCAUUUUGAAAGCUGUCUUCUGUUUCCUUCUCUUUCCUGUUUGCUAUAUUUUGAUUAUCUGCUCUUUUUAAAAACUUCAAAUAUAAAAUAUAUCUUCAAAUUGAGUGUUUCUUCCAUCCCAGUAUGUGAACAUUCUUCUGUGAAUAUAUGUAUAUAUACUUAAUAUAAAUUGAGCUUUGUAACUUGAAAUGUUUUGGGGACAAAACUAUUUGAUAAAGAAUAUUCCUCCUCAUUUUUAAAUUUUUGUUUUUUAAAAUUUCUCAUCUCAAAUACACAAUUAUUUGGGGGUAGUUGCUCAGAUGAAAAAAUACUGUCAUUUGUGUUGAACAUUUCAUUUUAUCAUAUAUAGUUUUUGAGUUUUACCAACAACUGGCUUUCUGAAGAGACAUAUACAACCUCCCCAUCCCCUAGCUGUACAUCUACUUUUUUCUUUUUUAAUGUGGGGGAGGGAGACAGCCCCCAACCAUAAAAGCUGAUUUCUGGAUUCUUUAAAAUGGGUAUUUGGGAGUAAAGGCAUUUCAUGAAAACUUAAGUCCACAUUUAAAAGCAUAAUGAAUAUUCCAAGAGAAAUAUGUCUCUUUGUGCUAGUUCUUUUUUUUUUUUUUGGCAGCAAAACAUUAGUUCUUAGGAGUUGUCUAAACUAAUGAGAAAAAGUUCAUGCAAAUAAUUACAUUAAAACCCUUCCUUGUGUUUUUUAAGUUUUAAAAUUGUGUGUUGGCUUUUGAUUCCAAUGUCCUUUCUAACUGCUCUGGUUUGAAUUAAUUUCUUAUUACAACUGCAAUGCAUAUAACCUUCCCUAAGAAACCAUUUCCUGAAAUGUGAAGCCCAGGUGCCGUUAGCUAUCCACACACAGAAAAUUACCUGCAUUUCCUUUUGUGCACUCUGUUAGGCUGGUUGUGACUGAAAUCAGCUUAACUUUUGUAUUAGGUUAUUUCACUAACUGCUACAGUCAAAAUGAUCAAACCUUUGUAUGAUGGAAAAUUAUUUAAAUUUUAUUUUUCUACUGACAUUUCUAAUUCUGGUAUAAAUGUUUAUCAAUAAAGAAUUACAUUCAAUUCUGUGAACUGGAAUGACUAUUUCUUUUUCAGUGGCCAAUGAGUUUAAUCUUUUGUAAUAGAGUUGUCUAUCUCAAGGUCUUGGGUUUUGGGUUUUUUUUAUAACUUGGUACAUAACAUAUGUUUAACAGUAUUUCUUUUAUGUUCAACUUCCUAUUAAUUUACAGUAAAAUUCUUGUUCAAAGAUGUGAUUAAACUGUACUUAUAUGUGAA